AUGCCCCGCGUAAGGCGGAAGUGGACUCCCGAAGAGGACUCUCUUCUCCGGUAUGCCGUCACAACUGCUAUGGAACAGUCUCGCCCGCUCAUGUGGCGUGAAUUGGCGAAAUCGGUGCCUGGACGGUCGAAUAAGGACUGUCGCCGGCGGUGGUGGAACAGCUUGGCAGAUGGGACUGCCAAGGGUCUCUGGUCGGAGGAUGAGGACGAGCGCUUGAUGCGAGCUGUCAAUAAAUAUGGCACUGACUGGCGUAGGGUGGCCCAGGAGGUCAUCUCGAGAACUCCCGAUCAAUGUUCCAGUCACUGGAGUCAAGAUGAGCAACUUUUGCACGAGGUCCUUACGCAUGGCACCAACUGGACCGUCAUCGCCACAUCCCACGUCCCCCGAAGAACAACCCUGUCACUAAAGAACCGCUACGCUACUUUGCGAUUGAGGCAUGAAAACAACAAUAGAAGCGAAGAGAAAUCUGUCCCGAAAUUCGAUCAAACACCCAGCAUGGGACUAGGAGAGGGCUGUGAUCAGGAGGGUGACAGUACUGAAGAUAAGCAGAGAGGAAACGAAGACAACCAAGAUGACGGAGAUGACAGUGGGCAUGAGGACGACAGCGGAGACGAAGAUAAUGAGGUUGACGGUAAAGAUAUUUUCUAUUCAGAGGGUUCCACGUCUACCAGCAAUCUCUCAAUGCUGCCACCAACCCCGAAUGGUUGGGUGAACGUUUUCGAGCAGGGUGGUGAACUCCCGACUAUCUCGUUCAACAACCAUCCUUCGCCGUUGGUGCCAGGGCUCGGAAGCGAUACAGCGCCCAACAACAACGUGUCCCAUGAGAACACAUUCAUGCUUGGAAGCAUCUCUGAUGAGAUGACCACCAAUCCAUUGUGUGUGUCAUAUGGUCGCGAACCAAUGGACACCAUUCCAGCCUUAUCUCAGGGAUAUCCGAACACGAGCCGGCCAGAAAUGGGCACCGCAGUGCCGCUUCAAAAUCCUGCACUGGGUAGCCUGUCAAUAUCAUACCAGGUGUCCGUCACCAUGGUUUGCACUGACAGCCAAUUAGAAAGCGUCAUCACGGCCCUGGCUGGAACAGGAUCGUGUGUGAAUGUGCAGAUAAAACCUAAACCACUGGACGAAUAG